CCCCCCCCCCCUUGCGCCACCGGUUAUGGUUGGGUAAAGCUCUCUGACCCAACGAGAUCGAAGACGGCAUCACAGUCAAGCCGUUAUUCAAUUCUCAUCCCCUUUGUCAUGUUCUUGAACAAGGUCACCAAAAUAUUACAAACGGCUUCUGGUUUCAUGCAAAUUACCCAAAAAUGUAACCUCUUUGUGGAAAUGUCAACAAUAGACGCUCGUUAGAACGUGCAGGUGACGUUCGGGCCCAAAAAGCCCAAUCAGUCAAUCGUUGCGUUAUGAGUUUACGUAAUAACUAACGCCAGAGUGUGCGCGCGCGACCGGUCGUGUCAACGCAAAUUGCGUCCUCGCAAAUUGUGAGCGGCAGCCCGAGAGAAUCCGUCUCUUCGACUCAGGUAACGUGAUUUCGUCGUCUGGCACUUGUCGACGUUUAAGAACGUCUACCAUCUUUUUAACCGCACACAAGGAUGUUGCAACGAGACUAAAGUGGAUCAGUUUGCCGCUGAGCUAAUUCAACAUUUCCUGUUUCCUCUUUGGUCGGUGAAAGUUUGCAGUUCAUAGCGGCAGAAGUCAAAGCGUUGAGUGGACGAAGCGAUGGUGUCCAAUACCACCGCCACCUUCUCGCUGCCGGUCAGCACCUCGGCCAAAGUCGGGAUCGCCAUCCUGACCUUGGCCUUCUCGCUGGGCUUCCCCGGAAACCUCUUCGUGGUGUGGUCGGUCGUUUGUCGUGUCCGCAAGCGCUCGGUCACGUGCCUGCUGGUGCUCAACCUGGCCGUGGCCGACGCCUUGGUGCUGCUCACGGCGCCCAUCUUCUUGCGCUUCCUGGCCGGGGGCCGGGGGUGGGAGUUCGGCUCGCCGGCCUGCAAGCUGGUUCACUACCUGUCCAGCGUCAACAUGUAUGUGUCCAUCUACCUCAUCUGCCUGAUGAGCAUGGAUCGGUGGCUGGCCGUCACCAGGCCUUUCCUAUCCCAGAGGAUGCGGACGAAGCGAUCCCUGCUGAUUCUCCUGCUGGCGGUCUGGGUCACGGCGUUCCUGCUGUCCCUUCCGAUGCCCUUCUACCGCAGCAAUCUGAGGAAAGUAUUCCCGAACAACGUCACGCUGAGGUUUUGCGUGCCGUACCACUGGCAAAGCGUAGGUCACCGGGUCUUCCAGUACACCUUUGAGACCGUGAUGGGCUGCCUGGUGCCCUACUCCCUCAUCAACACCUGCUACUCGUCCGUCAUCUGCCGCCUGCAAAGCGCCAUGUUCCAGCGGCGGGGCCAAGGCAGCCGACUGAUCCUCAUGAUCAUCUGCACCUUUGCGCUUUUCUGGCUGCCGUAUCACAUCGUCAACACCAUCGAGGUGAUCGGCCUUUUGCAAGGCAGCCGUUCGACGGUGGAUGCCGCCCUGGUGGCCCGUCCCAACGUCACCGCCUUCGCCUACUUCAGCAGCGCCGUCAACCCGAUUCUGUACGUCUUCGCCGGCAGCUCCCACAUCCGCCAGGCCGGCCUCAGCUUCAUGGGCAAGCUCUUCGAGGCCACCAACUCGGAGACCAGGACCACGUCCACCUUCGCCCGCAGCGGACGCAGCAGCUCGUCGCGGGAAGACGGCUCGGUUCUGCACACGCUGUCCGUCAAACUGGGGAAGCCGUUCAGAGGCAGGCAGGGAGACGCGGAGACGAGAGAGAUGAAUCAGGCGGAACUGAAGACUCUGGCAAGUGUUGAGCCAUGAGAAUUGCUCAUGUUACAGAUAUGACCAAUUUCCUUUCUGGUUCUGAUUGGCCAAGUAUUUCUUUCACCCGUCAAUGUUUAUUAUUGUCCUCGUGGUUGUAGUUUGGAGUCGCGUAAUACUGCAACGGGGGUGUGGACGGACACUUCCUUUUUGUCUUUCGUCGCAUGCCUCACACUUUUCAUGUCCGGGAGAAUCUUUGCAUGUUUUUAAAGCACGA